AGAGAGCGAGCGAGCGAUGACGAACGCACGCGGGGACUCGUCUGGGAAAGGUGCAGCACAUGGCUGAACCAGUAGAACUGGCUCCGUCAUCGGAGGGGGCGGGGCUCCUGUGCGAGGUAAUUCAUCUCCUCUCUCAUUUCCUCCCCGGCUCUGCUUAGGUCUCUCUCUCUGUCUCUCUCGAUCUCUCUGUCUCUCUCGAUCUCUCUCUAUCUCUGCCAAUGAGACGUAUUCUGAUGGCAUUCACCGGUCGGCCCGGCUCCAUCGCCUCGGAAACCUGAGCCCGUGUCCCCCCCUCGGUCACCUGAGAAGGGUGGGAGAGCCGAGCCGGCGGCGGGGGCUGGAAAAUUCUGCCACAUCAGCUGCCACCAUCUCCGGUGAAAGGAGGUCAGAGGAAGAAUAAAAAAAGAAAAGACUCCGCAAGCCAGUCGCCCGUUCUCUACGCCAAACAUGGCCGCUGUCUUGCUCCUUCCGCUCUUCAGUUUUGGGGGAUCCGGUUGACUUUUUUUGGGGGGGGUGUUUUUUUUUUUCGUUUUGCUUUUUUUUUUUUUACAUUCCCCCACACAGGACGAUGUUGCAGUCGUUAGCCGGCAGCCGCUGCGUGCGGGUGAUGGACAGGAACCGGUCGGCGUGGUAUUUCGCCUUCCUCCUGGGCAGCUACGUCCUGUACCUGGUGUUCGGCGCGCUGAUCUUCUCCUCGGUGGAGCUGCCCUACGAAGACUUGAUGAGGAAGGAGUUGGAGGAGGUGAAGCGGAGUUUCCUCCGCGAGAACCAGUGCCUGUCCGAGGAGCAGCUGGAGGUCUUCCUGGAGCGGGUGAUGGAGGCCAGCAACUACGGGGUGUCCAUCCUCAACAACGCCUCCGGGAACUGGAACUGGGACUUCAUGUCGUCGCUCUUCUUCGCCACCACCGUGCUGUCCACCACAGGGUACGGACACACCGUUCCGUUGUCAGACGGAGGAAAGACCUUCUGCAUCUUGUACUCCAUGAUUGGGAUCCCCUUCACUCUUCUCCUGUUCACGGCUGUAGUCCAGCGGAUCAUUGUCCACGUAUCGCGGAGGCCGGUCCUCUUCAUCCACCUGCGCUGGGGCUACCCCAAACACAUCGUGGCCAUAAUCCACGCCUUCCUCCUGGGGCUCCUCACCAUCUCCUGCUUCUUCUUCAUCCCGGCCGCCGUCUUCACCGACCUGGAGGGGGACUGGAACUUCUUGGAGUCCUUCUACUUCUGCUUCAUCUCGCUCAGCACCAUCGGCCUGGGCGAUUACGUCCCCGGCGAGGGCUACAACCAGCGAUUCCGAGAGCUCUACAAGUUUGGCAUCACUUGCUACUUGAUGCUGGGCCUGUUGGCCAUGCUGGUGACCCUGGAAACAUUUUGUGAGCUUCAGGAACUGAAAACGUUCCGUAAGCUGUUCUACGUGAAGAGAGGCAAGGACGAAGAUCAGGAAAGCAUCAUGGAGCGUGACCAGCUGGCCUUCUCCUCCAUCUCAGACCAGAUGGCAUCGCUGAAAGACGACCGGAAACUCAGCGAGCCGUUUGUGGCCCUCCAGCCGGUCGCUAGUUACUCCAGUGAAGGCUCUAUAAACAAUGAGCAGUAGAGCAAGAGAUAUCCAAUACUUCCAUAUCAGACAUCGGCAAGAGAUAUCCAAUGCCUCCAUAUCAGACAUCGGCAAGAGAUAUCCAAUACUUCCAUAUCAGACAUCGGCAAGAGAUAUCCAAUGCCUCCAUAUCAGACAUCGGCAAGAGAUAUCCAAUGCCUCCACAUCAAACAUCGGCAAGAGAUAUCCAAUGCCUUCAUAUCAGACAUCGGCAAGAGAUAUCCAAUGCCUCCAUAUCGGACAUCGGCAAGAGAUAUCCAAUGCCUCCAUAUCGGACAUCGGCAAGAGAUAUCCAAUACUUCCAUAUCAGACAUCGGCAAGAGAUAUCCAAUGCCUCCAUAUCAGACAUCGGCAAGAGAUAUCCAAUGCCUCCAUAUCAGACAUCGGCAAGAGAUAUCCAAUACUUCCAUAUCAAACAUCGGCAAGAGAUAUCCAAUGCCUCCAUAUCAGACAUCGGCAAGAGAUAUCCAAUGCCUCCACAUCAAACAUCGGCAAGAGAUAUCCAAUGCCUUCAUAUCAGACAUCGGCAAGAGAUAUCCAAUGCCUCCAUAUCGGACAUCGGCAAGAGAUAUCCAAUACUUCCAUAUCAGACAUCGGCAAGAGAUAUCCAAUGCCUCCAUAUCAGACAUCGGCAAGCGAUAUCUAAUGCCUCCACAUCAGACAUCGGCAAGAGAUAUCCAAUGCCGCCAUAUCAGACAUCGGCAAGAGAUAUCCAAUGCCUUUAUAUCAGACAUCGGCAAGAGAUAUCCAAUGCCUCCACAUCAAACAUCGGCAAGAGUUACCCAAUGCCUUCAUAUCAGACAUCGGCAAGAGAUAUCCAAAUGCCUCCACAUCAAACAUCGGCAAGAGAUAUCCAAUGCCUUCAUAUCAGACAUCGGCAAGAGAUAUCCAAUGCCGCCAUAUCAGACAUUGGCAAGAGAUAUCCAAUGCCUUCACAUCAAACAUCGGCAAGAGAUAUCCAUUGCCUCCAUAUCAGACAUCGGCAAGAGAUAUCCAAUGCAUCCAUAUCAGACAUCGGCAAGAGAUAUCCAUUGCCUCCAUAUCGGACAUCCACAUCAAUACUUUGGUAUCAGAUAUCGGCAAGAGAUAUCCAAUGCCUCCACAUCAGACAUCGGCAAGAGAUAUCCAAUGCCGCCAUAUCAGACAUCGGCAAGAGAUAUCCAAUGCCUUCAUAUCAGACAUCGGCAAGAGAUAUCCAAUGCCUCCAUAUCAGACAUCGGCAAGAGAUAUCCAAUGCCUCCACAUCAGACGUCGGCAAGAGAUAUCCAAUGCCUCCACAUCAGACAUCA